AAAAAAUCAUUAUAUACCAUACCCCCUAAGAAAAUCAGUCUACAUUUUAUACAAUAUAUUUUUCUCUUCUGCCAAAAUGAUUUCCAUGGGACAAGAAACCUCCAGAACUUUAUGCUUCAUUGCCCUCUUUUGCUUCCUCAACCAAGGUUUAUGUUGGGCUCAGACUUCAUUAUGCUCUGCAAAAACCUUCAAGAUUGAAGAAGUCGAAACAGGAAAAUCCGAGUGGAAGGUUGACAUAACAAACACGUGUGUAUGCACGAGUUUGGAGCUGAAAUUGUCUUGCCCUGAUUUCAACCCCUUAGUUAAAAUCGACCCUUCAAUUAUUUCCAAGUAUGAUGACACCCAUUGUUUGGUCAAUGAUGGAAAUCCGUUGCACGGAGGCGAAACCUUUAGCUUCACUUAUGUUGGCGGUUUCGCCAAUUUCACACUCUUCGAUUUUUGGGUGGCUUGCUCCUAAAUUUAUUCAAAUGUAUUUGUAUGUGUGUGUGUGUUUGAUUGUGUGGAAUUGAAUAAA